AGAUAGAUAGCAACCGAGUCAGUGAUGAGCAACGUCAAAAGAGGCGAAAAUGGAGAAGUGAAACUUCAAUAGAUCAUUAGUUAAACCCUUCGAGGCUGAGAACUGUUAAAUAGAUUUUAGUAUCUGGGCCAUGUUAACUUAAGAUUAACACAAAAUGAUUGGUGGGUUGUUUGUGUACAACCAUAAGGGUGAAGUACUCAUUUCAAGAGUAUAUAGAGAUGAUAUUGGAAGAAAUGCAGUUGAUGCAUUCAGAGUCAACGUUAUACAUGCUCGCCAACAAGUAAGAUCUCCAGUGACCAAUAUAGCUAGAACAUCUUUUUUCCACAUUAAGAGAGCUAAUAUAUGGAUUGCUGCUGUGACCAAACAAAAUGUGAAUGCUGCUAUGGUAUUUGAGUUUCUUCUCAAAAUCAUUGAAGUGAUGCAAUCAUACUUUGGCAAAAUCUCAGAAGAAAACAUCAAGAACAACUUUGUUUUAAUAUAUGAGCUUUUAGAUGAAAUUUUGGACUUUGGUUACCCUCAAAACACUGACACAGGUGUUUUGAAAACGUUCAUCACCCAGCAGGGUAUCAAAUCAGCCACUAAAGAAGAACAAGCACAAAUUACAUCGCAAGUGACAGGACAAAUAGGCUGGAGACGAGAAGGAAUCAAGUAUCGUAGAAAUGAGCUGUUCUUGGAUGUUUUGGAGUAUGUCAACUUGUUAAUGUCUCCUCAAGGUCAGGUGCUAUCUGCUCAUGUAGCAGGCAAGGUAGUUAUGAAAUCAUAUCUGUCUGGCAUGCCUGAAUGUAAAUUUGGUAUCAAUGAUAAGAUCGUUAUGGAAGCUAAAGGCAAAGGUAGUCUUGGAACAACCACGGAUUCAGAUCCGGCUAGAUCUGGAAAACCAGUUGUUGUUAUUGAUGAUUGUCAGUUUCAUCAAUGUGUUAAAUUAAGUAAAUUUGAAACAGAACAUUCCAUUAGCUUUAUUCCUCCAGAUGGAGAAUUUGAACUUAUGAGAUAUAGAACCACCAAAGACAUAUCUCUUCCUUUCCGUGUUAUACCAUUGGUUCGCGAGGUCGGGCGCACCAAAAUGGAAGUUAAAGUUGUUCUGAAAAGUAACUUUAAGCCAUCUCUGCUUGGACAGAAAAUUGAAGUUAAGAUUCCCACUCCCCUAAAUACUUCCGGAGUCCAACUGAUUUGUUUGAAAGGAAAGGCGAAAUAUAAAGCAUCAGAGAAUGCCAUUGUAUGGAAAAUAAAGCGAAUGGCGGGCAUGAAAGAAACUCAGCUAUCUGCAGAAAUAGAACUUCUCGAAACUGAUACCAAAAAGAAAUGGACGCGCCCACCAAUUUCGAUGAACUUCGAAGUUCCGUUUGCUCCUUCUGGCUUUAAAGUACGUUAUUUGAAAGUAUUCGAGCCUAAGCUGAACUACUCCGAUCACGAUGUUAUAAAAUGGGUCAGGUAUAUCGGUAGGAGUGGACUGUACGAGACCAGAUGUUAGAAUUUUUCUCCAGGAUACAUAUUUGUGGAUAUAUCUAUAUAUUAAACUGAAAUGAUCGGGUUUGGGACAGUAUUACAAGUGAUCUGAACGUGCUAAGUUUUUUCUGAGGAAUAUGUUACGAAUUUUUCGCAGAAGUAUGAAUUUUAUAUUGAUUAAUUUUACCAUUGUAUAGUUUUCUUAUUAUAACGUAUAUCUUGAAGUUGUUCCUAAUUCCGACAAUUUCAGUUUUAUCAAGUGUUAAACGAUUCUCUUU